AUGGAGAAGGUCAAUACUACGGCCCGUCUGGCCAAGCUACGUGAACUGAUGAAAGAACGCAAUGUCGAGAUUUACAUCGUGCCUUCAGAGGACAAUCAUGCCUCCGAAUACAUUGCAGAUUCGGACGCGCGACGGCCUUAUAUUUCGGGUUUCACAGGUUCAGCCGGUGUAGCCAUCAUCACUCCGGACACAGCAGUACUGUCCACAGAUGGCCGAUACAUUAUACAGGCGACGAAGCAGCUGGAUGAUAACUGGACCUUGCUCAAUUCGGCCCUGCCAGAAGCCCCGACCUGGCAAGACUGGUCCGCAGAGCACUCGAGUGGCGGCAAAAAUGUCGGGGUGGAUGCCUCGUUAAUUGCUUCGUCCAUGGCCAAGAAAUUGCAAGAGAAGAUUCACAAGCGGGGAGGCGCAGACCUGGUACCACUUGAGGAGAAUCUAGUUGAUCUUGUAUGGGGCACAGAUCAGCCACCAAGACCCCAAGAGCCCAUCAUUGUCUUACCCGAUGAUCUUGCUGGCAAAACUGUCCAAGCCAAACUCCAUGACCUGCGACUCGAAUUAGGCAAGAGGCAGGCAAUUGGCUUUGUCAUCUCCAUGCUCGAUGAGAUCGCCUGGCUCCUCAACAUGCGGGGCAGCGACAUUCCCUACAAUCCGGUCUUCUUCUCGUUCGCCAUCGUCACACCUGAUUCCACUACCUUGUACAUCGAUGACGCCAAACUGGACCACACUUGCAAGAAGCACCUUACCGAGAACGAAAUCCACUUGCGGCCAUACAGCGCCAUACUUGACGAUGCCCGAAGACUGUCGGCUACGGCCGCCCAAGCUCAACAGCCUAUAGGGGAUAAGGGCACUGGUUCACCACACCGCUUGUUGCUCUCCAACAAAGGUUCCUGGGCACUUCAUCGGGCAUUGGGGGGAGACGAUAUGGUGGACGAAGUUCGCAGCCCCGUCGGUGAUGCUAAAGCUAUCAAGAACCCAACAGAGCUGCAAGGCAUGCGUGCGUGCCACAUUCGUGACGGCGCAGCUCUCAUUGAAUACUUCGCAUGGUUGGAAGACCAGUUGGUAGCCAAAAAGGCGACCUUGGAUGAGGUCGAGGCCGACGACAAAUUGAUCGAGUUGCGGUCGAAACACGAUAACUUCGUCGGCUUGUCCUUCCCAACUAUCUCGUCAACAGGGCCAAAUGCUGCUAUCAUCCACUACAAGCCCGUGCGAGGCAACUGUUCUGUGAUCGAUCCAGACAAAAUUUACCUCUGCGAUUCGGGUGCUCAGUUCCGUGACGGAACGACAGGAUACGCGUUAGACUCUCUGGCCCGUCAGUAUCUCUGGCAAUACGGGCUCGAUUACCGUCACGGAACCGGUCACGGCGUGGGCUCCUACCUCAACGUGCACGAAGGUCCCAUCGGCGUUGGGACCAGGGCGCAACACGCCGAAGUGGCGCUCUCUGCUGGCAAUGUCAUUUCAAAUGAGCCGGGCUUCUACGUCGAAAACGAGUUUGGCAUCCGCAUCGAGAACAUCGUCAUGGUCAUGGAAACCAAUACCAAGUACUGCUUUGGAGACAAGCCGUUCCUUGGAUUUGAACAUGUCACCAUGGUGCCCUACUGUCAAAAUCUAAUCGACUCGAGCCUGCUGACAGAAGGCGAAAUCAAAUGGAUCAACACAUAUAACGCUGAGAUCAUGGACAAGACCAAGGGGUUUUUCACUAAUGACCCCCUCACAAUGGCAUGGUUGACUCGGGAAACCCAGCCAAUCUGA